UUUUCACCCGCAUCCCGAGCAGCGCAGGGACGGCCGGCAGCGGGAAAACAAAAGCUGGGCACCUCCGAAUUUAUGUUGUGGGGAAUAUAUUAAUUGGCAGGCAAAUGUUUUCCCGGUUGUGCCGAUGAAAAAAAAAAAACAAAAACUAAAUAUGCAAUAGAAAUCCAGUCGCGGCUCUGCCUCUCUCUUUUUAUAUGCGUAGUUAAACAGGAAGGGGAGUGGAGCUGCUUUAACCGUGCGUAAAAGUUGUCUGGAGCGCCGGAUCCGAGCGGCCCUGUCAGACACGGGAGGAAUUUAUUUUUCUCCGUCUUUCCGGAUCACACUUAAAAGUUAGCCGGCGUGACUCUGGGCUGGGAGUCGAGUGGGCACCGGUGGAUUAAUUCGGCGGAGACAGAGGCGCCCCAUGGAGGACAGCUCGCUGCCGAAGUCUGACGUGGAAAACAAAGGGAAGAGCGAUAAAAACGAGCCGAUCGGAAUGCCCGUAGCGUCGUCUGCUGGAGUUUCACCCAGUUCAGAGGAGUGCAAGAGGACGACGAAGAAGCGGCUCUUUUGAUAAUAUGAGCACAUACGAGGGGACGGCAGCUCUGUGAUAGAAGCCAGGAGAGGAAGGGGGAAGAGAGGGUUUACCAAGAGAAACUUUUCGACCAAAAUCCACCGACGCCGCCAAAUAUCUGCAUUUGUAAAGCCAAAUGAAGGGCAGCGGGGAUCUAACUACUUGUUUCUGAUGGAUUAUCGUCCUGCUUUUGUGGCACAUAUCUGAUCGUCGGGGCCAUCGUGAUCUUGCAGGAGAGAAGAGUAUCUUCGGGGGGCUGUUUUUGGGGCUUUUUUCGCUGGUUAAUUCCAUCUGGUCGCCCCCCCUCCCCAAACACUUAAAGUGUUUUGAACUGAUAAAUCUUUCCUUUAGUUGCAGCAAAAAAUUGCAAACGCUUUUGAAAUGUUAGUGCACAGUUUUUCCGCGAUGGAUCGCCACGAUGGCACCAGCAACGGGACAGCGAGGCUACCUCAGCUGGGCAGCGUGGGCCAGAGUCCCUACACGAGCGCGCCGCCGCUCUCCCACACGCCGAACUCGGACUUCCAGCCCCCGUACUUCCCUCCGCCCUACCAGCCCAUCUACCCGCAGUCUCAGGACCCUUAUUCUCACGUUAACGACCCGUACUCCCUCAACUCCCUGCACGCCCAGCCGCAGCCGCAGCACCCGGGCUGGCCGGGCCAGAGGCAGGGUCAGGACAGCGGCCUGCUCCACCAGCACCGCAGCCUGCCCCACCAGCUGUGCCGGGAGUACCGCAGGGAAGUGCUUCUACCGUCCGGUCACGGCAUAGACACGGGCUUGUCGGACUCUAUCCCUAUCCAUGGAAUACCUCACUCUUUAGAAGACGUUCAGCCUGUUGAGGAUCAAGGAAUUCACAUUCCAGACCAGACUGUAAUUAAAAAAGGUCCAGUGUCUUUAUCCAAGAACAACAACGUCUCGGCCAUCCCUGUAAAUAAGGACGGUCUUUUCGGAGGAGUGGUAAACCCCAACGAGGUGUUCUGCUCGGUUCCGGGUCGCCUGUCUCUCCUCAGCUCUACAUCAAAGUACAAGGUCACGGUGGCGGAGGUGCAGAGACGCCUUUCGCCGCCCGAGUGCCUCAACGCCUCUCUGCUGGGCGGGGUGCUGAGGAGGGCCAAAUCUAAGAACGGAGGAAGAUCCUUAAGGGAGAAAUUGGAUAAAAUCGGCUUGAAUCUACCUGCGGGCAGACGCAAGGCAGCCAACGUCACCUUGCUUACGUCACUAGUCGAAGGCGAAGCGGUGCAUCUUGCCAGGGAUUUCGGUUAUGUAUGCGAGACCGAGUUCCCAGCCAAGGCCGUAGCUGAAUAUGUAAACCGUCAGCACUCCGACCCAAACGAACAAGUCCAAAGAAAAAACAUGCUCUUGGCCACGAAGCAGGUCUGCAAGGAGUUCACAGACCUGCUGUCCCAGGACCGCUCGCCGCUGGGGAACUCGCGGCCGCAGCCUAUUCUUGAACCGGGGAUCCAGAGCUGUUUGACCCACUUCAGUCUAAUCUCGCACGGUUUCGGGACCCCGGCGCUGUGCGCGGCCGUCACGGCCCUGCAGAACUAUUUGACCGAGGCUAUCAAAGCCAUGGACAAAAUGUACCUCAACAACAACCCCAACAGUCACUCAGAUAACGGCACUAAAGGCGGAGACAAAGACGAGAAGCACAGAAAGUGACGUGCCCCCCCCCCCCCUCACCCGUUCCCCGAAGGCCAGACCCCAGGGCCCCUCUUCUACACACACCUCCACCUCGCCUAACCCGAACCAUCCAAUAUAAAUAUUAUAAAUACCUAAUAAAUACUAUUGAUAAAUUUAAACGUGCCACUUCCUGAUCUUGCGCGGUUUUACAUGUUUUUGUUUUUACAUCCCACUAUGGAUUCAUGGGGAAACGACGCAAGAAAUCUUCUUCUUCUUCUUCUCCUCCCAGCACCUGAACCAUACGAAAUGUUAUUUAAAAAAAAGAACGGAAAAGAAAAAAAAAAAACGCUGCAGAGGAACAGCUCCGGGGGGCGAAGAAAAAGGUGUACUGCCUCAGCCAGAGGACUUUUUAUGUACUCCCCUUGUUUUUUUAUGAGCUGCAACAGAAUGGACUGAAAUCCAGCGACCCCCCUCUCUAUCUCAAUUUUACGAUUGUUGACAAAAACGAAGCUAAAAAGAGGAUGAAUUCUUAUCAGUAUUGUGAAUAAAAAAACUUGAAAAACGAGAAAUUCCACAGAAGCUCCACGCCAUGACUUCAGUUGUAGACUCUCUCUCUCUCUUUCUCUCUCUCUCUCGCUCUCUCUCUCCCUCUCUUUCUCUCUCUCCAAACGACCAACUUGAACUUUUUGAAUUUCAACACGAUUCGCGGUUAUAUAAGGGAAUCAGUGUUCAUGUAUGUAUAUAUUUAUUUAUGUGUAAUUUAAUGGGAAUUGUAAAUAUGGUGCGUCUGUUGAAACUUCUUUUUUUAUUUAUCUGGUGCCUCCUGUUUUAGUGGGUUUGAAUAUUCGGUUAGUUCUUCAUGUGAUUUUAUGGUUCUUAGAAAACAGAAGUUUGGGGUUAUUUUUUAUUUCUCUGGGAUAUUUCAAUUCAGCCCUCUUGUAGCAUGUUGAGGCGACACUGAAGCAAGUGAACAAAUUAAAUAGAAAUAAACUUCCAUUUCUCUCUCUAUAUAUAUCAUCCUUAUUCAGUUUUUUUAUUCGAGGCAGAGCAUAAGUGAGACCCUGAGGACAACUGUUUUUUUUUUUUCGUUUCUAUUUUCGUUUUUAUACAAGCUUUUAUGUGUUGUGCCAAUCAAAAUACGUUUCACCUCCUGUUCUCUCCUUGAAGCACCAUAAAAGCAAUAAAUGGAAUAUUGUCUUUUUUUUUAAAUGUUCGAAGUCAUUCAAAAAACAUUUUGGGACCACCUGAUAUCUUGUUAUGUCCGAUAAUGUCCAAAAAUUGGAGGCGGUUUUAGCUGUAUUGUAUAGACAUGUGCUGGCAAUAGUUCCCAUGCCUGUCAAUGUAUAGUCCUUUGUUGCCCAGAAAAAAAUAAAUAUUUGAUACGCUU